AUGCGCAAUCCUCAUCGGAUGCUUGGAAUUUUUGGUGUAAUUUCAACGGGAGUUGGUUUUAUCUGUGCGCUUUACACAGUUACGGCAAUCCUUGGCUACAUCACCUAUGGUUCCGAACUCAAGGGCAGUAUCACGCUCAACCUCUCUGAUGAUCCCCUCGAUUUCUCAGUCAAGGUGAUGCUACUCCUGAUGACUUACUGUGGCUAUUUGAUCCAGCACUAUCCUAUUUUCCAAACGAUCUGGCCACUGAUGCAACGCCGUCUCAGUACAAUGCCCAAGUGUAUCUCAUUGAUAGCAAACUACACAACUCGCUACGCUACCGUUGAAGUGAACCAACUUCACGCACUGAGCAUGCGAGUUGCCGAUACGGUAAGAGCGACAACUUCACCGAACAACCAAUCAAGCUUGAAACCAUCGUCGAGACUGCCACCACAGCCCACACGACCGCAUCUGAGCUGUUCAGUUACCCUUACAGACAUUUUCCUAUUCCUUUCCGUAUUGAAUUACUUCGUUUUAGUCCUUCUGGCAUGCAGCAUUCCGAAUCUCGCAGAAAUUAUCCCAAUCAUCGGCGUCACCACAGGGAUGCUGCUGGCUUUUGUCUUCCCGGCCGUACUCGAAUCAGUCGUUUUCUGGGACCAGUGGAGAGAACGCGGCUACUUUGUUUUGAUCUUGUAUAAUGCAUUUAAUGCAGUCUACAUUUUAGCGGGUAUAUUUUUCCUCGUGUUAGGAGUAUAUGCGAACGUGGAACAUAUCAUAAAUUCGUAG